AACAAGAGAAUCCGUACAAGGGAAGGGUGGCUUCUCUGGGGCUCCCCAUUUCCGUUUCCGCUUGGGCUGGGGUUGGAAGGGGUUGCCAUUGAAGCUGAAGCCCCUGCUUCUGGACCCCGCAUUGCCUUAAAGGGGGUCUGCAGCUGAGGGGGUGGAGGAUAUGCCUGGGAGGAAGUUUUCUCCACCCCCUCCGUGCCUGAGCAAGCUGCUGUGUGUUAAGAAACCUGUAGGACCAAAAUCACUGCCACUUUGCAAGGACAUUUGACUGUCCUGACAUUCAUAUUAGUGCCUCUUCAUUCUCCCAACUUUGGCUCUAAUUUCUGCCUCCUUCACUUCCCGCACGUGCCAAAUGCAUCUUCACGAAACAGGAAGCCCCGUGCCAACUCCCUGUGGAUGGGCCUGCCAUUAAAAUGGGGCCUGCGUUUCUGUGAAAAGGCCAACCUGCCCAGUAGGGAGAUUGGAGGCUGCCGAGGGUCAGCAGUGAAAGCCCCACAUGGAAGGCUCUGGCCAGCGUCUGGUGCUGGGCAUGAACAGGGGAGAUGGGCGGCAGACGCCUCCCGGGGAGUUGCGGACUCCCACAGAAGAAGGGGAAGAGCCAAGGACCCCUGUGCCUGAAGCCAUCUGUGACAGCGGUGGGGAUGUCAAGAGUCCUGAAAGGAAAGAAGAAGAAGAGGAGGAAGAAGAACUGGACCCCCGCAUCCAGGAGGAGCUGGAGCAUCUCAACCAGGCCAAUGAGGAGAUAAAUCGUGUGGAGCUGCAGCUGGAUGAAGCCCGUACCACCUACCGGAGGAUCUUGUCUGAAUCUGCCAGGAAGCUGAAUGCACAGGGCUCCCAGCUGGGGAACUGCAUUGAGAAAGCCCGUCCUUAUUAUGAGGCCAGGCGCUUGGCCAAGGAGGCCCAGCAGGAAACCCAGAAAGCUGCGCUUCGGUACGAGCGAGCCGUGAGCAUGCACAAUGCGGCCCGCGAGAUGGUUUUCGUGGCUGAGCAGGGAGUCAUGGCAGACAAGAACCGCCUGGAUCCCACGUGGCAGGAGAUGCUUAAUCAUGCAACAUGCAAGGUGAAUGAGGCCGAGGAAGAGCGGUUGCGCAGCGAACGGGAGCAUCAGCGUGUCACGCAGCUCUGCCAGCAAGCUGAGGCCAAGGUGCAGUCACUGCAGAAGUCCCUGAAGCGUGUCAUUGUGAAGAGCAAGCCUUACUUUGAGCUGAAGGCUCAGUUCAACCAAAUCCUUGAGGAGCACAAGGCCCGGGUGACAUCCCUGGAGCAGCAGGUCUCUCAGGCUAAGAUGCGCUACUCAGUGGCUUUGAGGAAUCUGGAGCAGAUCAGCGAGCAGAUCCACGCCCGGCGGCUCCAGCGCCUGGUUGGGCGCAGGGCUUCCCCGGUGGGGGCGGAGGCCAGCCCGGCCCUGCUGUACGGUAGUGCGGCACUCCCUCCGGAGCCGAUCUCCUCUUCCGACACCCUCUCGGUGCUCAGCUUCCAGACCAUUGCUUCCGACCUGCAGAAGUUCGACUCGGUGGAGCACUUGCUGGGUCUCUCCGACGCCGCCAGCCUCAACAGCGACGAGCUGGAGGAGCGGGAGCAGCGCCGCAGUGCCCAGACGCACCCCUUCAAGCACCACCGCAGCAUCAGCCUCUGACGUCCCUCUCCUCCCCCUGACCCUCUUGCAGUCCCUUUAACUCUGGUCCUUCUGGGUAUUUGGGACCAGAGGCCCGAGUAGUAGUUACAAGGGGGAGGCGGUUUGUGGAGUGCAUGGGUUAUGUAGCAACAUUGGGCCUUGCCCGUCUGACAUGUAGCCUGCAAGUGGAUUGUUUCCUCUCUGUGUGUAGCCCCUUACUCCCUGCCCUACAAGCACAACGGGGCUCAUCCAUGCUCCCAUUGCUUGAAGACUUCGGCAUUUUUUGUCCCGUUGUUCUUGGUCCAUCAGGCCAUCAUUCCCCCACUUUCCCCCCAGCAUGCACCUGUUUCCUGGGAGUGUUACAUGCUGGAAGUGCUUCUGCAGCCCUGCCUUAUUGGUAAAACCAUCCUUUUGACCUCCUGGGAGGCAAAGAAUGGUGAAGGGGAGGUUUUAGAUGGUUGUUUUGUAGUGGUGGGCUGGAAAUCCAGAAAAAGAAGAGAUGUUAGUGUAUGCUCCCUUGCUGCUAUCACUGCAUUGUAGAGACCCUUCCCACACCGCUUUCAUUGAAUUGCUAACCCAGGCUAUACAAUAUGGCCUUUUUAAAUGGAACUCUGGCGCCCCUACCGGGCUACUUUGAACACACUACUCUUUUAUUCUCAGAGGCAUGUCCUUUGUCCCUCUCUAGCGACAGAUUUUCUAUAUAGGAUGGCAGCUGCCUGCCUCUUUAUAGCUUCGUCGAGCCGAAGACCCGCUCUCACGUCUUAGCAGAGCCAGAGCUACGAAGAGGCUGGCAUCUUGAAGGUGCCUUUCAACACUACCAGAAGAGAAGGACGCACAGCAAGAAGCUGGUUCUGUUUGGGAUGACAGACUUCCCUCUCUGUGGGUUUCAACCUCUCAGCACAUCCCAGUUUUACACUCGUGCUGCUUGGGAUGUCAUUUGCACUAAGAGGUGGCAAAAGAUGGAGCUGGGAAGUUUCUCCCUACGCUCCCAGCAAUCUCCCCAGCCCUUGUCUCUCCCAGCAUUUUGUGUGGGGUGGCAAUCUAAACAGAUUUGCUGGUCGCUGGCUGUGAUGAGAGCCCGUUGCCGGUUCGAGGCAGCCUGAUAGCAACUCUGUAUGUGUGUGUGCGUAUUUGUAUGACUGGCUUCUGCUGUGUAUUUUAUUUAAAGUAAAGUUUAUGCCCUAUGGAA